AUGCCCCGCCUAUCGACCUCAUUGAUAAGAAAAGCCUCCAGAACACGGCCGUGCUUGCAUCUUUUGCUUCCAGAAUGUAGAAAUCUCGAGCAAGCGAAACUCGAGUAUAAUUGGCUCACCGAAGAGCUGCCUCCGGAGAAAUCCAUCCGCUGGGCAUGCUUGCAAAGGUACAAGCACGUCCCAUUACAGUACAUUUUGCGGUCACAACCAUUUGGACCCUUGGACAUUAUUUGUAGGCCAGGUGUCCUCAUACCAAGAUGGGAAACUGAGGAAUGGGUUAUGGAGUUAGCCACAACUAUAAAUAAUUCAACCCUAAUCAACCAUGCUAUCCCUCUGCAUAUUUGUGACACGUUUACAGGAACAGGGUGUAUUGCUCUUGCUUUAAGCCAUGGUAUACCGAAUUCAACUUUUACAGCCAUUGACGUGUCAAAAAAAGCAAUAAAUUUGGCCAAAGAAAAUAUGUUGAAGAACAGGGUGAGCAAAGGCAGACUGAUACGACGAGACAUCCUAUCUUCAAAUGCCGGUGAAGAAUAUCCAUUGCAUAUAGAUAUACUUACUGGGAAUCCUCCCUAUGUUCGAAGGUGUGAUUUUAAUAGAGAUGUGAAACCCUCUGUAAGGCUGUUCGAACCAAAACUAGCACUAGUGGGCGAGCUCGAAUGUUAUCAAGAUCUAGUAGAUCAUUGGUUGUCGAAGACUGACUCCUUCUUUUAUGAGAUUGGAGAUACUGACCAGUUCGAUUAUGUGGAAAGGCGUAUUAAGGACGAUUUCAAACUGCGUCAAAUCUGGUCCAUUGGCUUAAAAUAUGACUCCAAUGGCAAACCAAGGGUUGUCUAUGGGUUUAAAAACACUUCCAAAGGCGGUAUUCUGCUUCAAAUUCUUCCGUCUUUUGGGACUAUAAUGCAUUUAGCAACUGCACUCAAUAAGCAAGAGGCUUACUCGAAGCAAAAAUAA